UAAAGAAAAACAAAAUCUUCCUCUAUCUUCUUUCAAGUUUGAAAGCCGUUUUCAGUUCAACAUAGAAAAAUUAUGUAUUUUUUCUUUACCUACUGAUUUAGAAACUUUAAAGGGAAUCUUGAAAGAAAAUCAGACUAUGGUAGAACAUGAGAUCGCUCUAAGAACAAACUGGAAUAAAGUAAAAGAAAUUAUUUUGAAUAAGAGAAAAAAACUAACAAACCAGGCUGAAGGGAAUGAAAUAAAUUUGAUGAAAGAACAAGGUCACUGGUUGAAAUUCAGGCAAAAAAUUCAAAUGGUCGUUGAUCAUAAAUUUUUUCAGUGUUUCAUAUUCUUAAUAAUAGCAGUUAAUGCAGUUGUUCUUGCAUCAGAAUCUUCUGAAAUAUCUGAAACAUAUCAAAGUUUUUUGGAACUUUCCAAUUUUAUUUGUACUAUAAUAUUUUCUGUAGAAAUAGCAGUGUAUCUUAUUGCUUAUGGUGAACGAUACUUUUUUGACUGGUGGAAUAUUUUUGACUUUCUUAUCAUUGUGCAGUGUAUUAUUAGUAUCAUUUUGAAGAACAAAGCAGAGUAUACCAUCAUUAGAACAUUAAGAAUGUUAAAGUUAGUGAAGCUUCAGAAGUUUGUGUCACUGAUUGCACUUCAGAGAGUGGUAGCAGUUGUUUUAGACUCAAUAGAAAAUAUUGCUCGUCUUAUUAUUGUGAUGUUUUUCUUGAUCUUUUUAUUUGCAGUAAUUGGAAAUCGUGUAUUGGGCCAUUAUUAUCAUGAUCAUAAUCCUGCAGAGUUACCCAGGUGGUCAUUUGCUACCUUUGGGGGCUCUUUGUUCACAGUGUUUAGGAUAUUUUCUGGUGAAUGGAUUGAACCUCUAUGGAAUUGCAUGAGAUUAUCUAAUACAUCUAUUUUAUGCCCUUUUAUUAUUAUUAGCUAUUAUCUUAUUGGACAUUUGAUCAUUCUUGGUCUCUUUGUAGCAUUACUUCUCAGUUCCUUCAAUAUGUCUGAAUUCGAAUUCUCUGCUUCCAAGCAAAAGGAAUUAAUGAAGAAUAUGUUUCAGAAAUGCUACAAAUUUUUUAGCAUAUGUUGUGAGAAAAAGGCUUGUCUUGAAUGUGCAACUAUUGUUCUUGAGUGA